GGGCGAGUGUUUAACCACACAGGAAUGAUGAAGAUGAGGAAAGAGAGCCUCUUUUUGCUGGAGAAGAUGGACGGCUCAUAGAGAGGAUGGGGCUGAGGAUUGUUGCUGACUGAGACAGCUGCAUGUAUGACCCAAAAAGUGAAGAUAAUAUUGGGGAUGUGAGAGAACACUGUUCCUAGAAAUUAGUUUGUGAAUUGUUGUUGUGUUUUUUUCAGGAUAUUUGUCCCUGAAAUUCAGUUUUAGCCCCAGUAUUUUAAACUUUAGAAUCUGUCAGUAUUUUAAAAUUACAGUUUACAUGUUUUUUUAUAUGUUCACGUCAUGUGGAAUUUUAAUGUGUAUCAUGCUUGACAAUGGAUUAGAUUUUAAUAUACAUGUAUGAAAUAGUCCAAAUUUUAAUACCUGAUACGUUGCCCAGGAGUUGUUAUAGCAACAGUCACGAUGUUGAGGCGCUUGAAAAAUCGCCUGGGGGCUAGGAGGGGAGUAGGGAAGGUGCUUUUGGCUGUGUUUGUUUUGUUUUGCUUGUGGUAUGUGUACAAAGAACAUCAGAGGAGUAAGUUACGGAUUCGCAAACAUAUACCCAGGAUUAUUCAUCAGACUUGGAAAGUUGAAAAGUUGCCAGCUUCACUGCAUAACAUGGUGAAAUCUUGGGAACAGAAUCAUCCAGACUGGGAAUACUGGUUCUGGACAGAUGAGAACUUGUGGGAAUUGGUGCAGAAAAAGUUCCCAAAAUACAUGGGAUUAUUCACUUCAUAUCCAACUGACAUCGAACGAGUGGAUGUGGCUCGAUAUAUGAUCCUGUACGAAUACGGCGGAGUGUAUGCUGACUUGGAUGUGGAAAGUCUAAAGCCACUAGACGAACUCAUCGAUGAGUACCCAUGCAUUCUGGGAGAGGAGCCUUGGGUUCAUGCAAGGCUUUUUGAUAAGCUACCUCGUAUUGUGAGCAAUGCAGUAAUGGCAUGUAUUAAAAAACAUCCAUUUUUUCUUCACGUACUGGAGAAUUUACCAAAGAAUCGUGAAACUCCGACCAAUGCUAUAGUGUGGAGGACUGGUCCUCACAUGAUCACACAGGAAAUAGAUGCGUACAGUAAAGUGACGAGAGACCCAAACGAUGUGAACAGCAAAGUGUACGUUGUAGAUCAUGAGGUAUUCUUUCCUCUUCCUGAACCAAUCAAAGAACUCCGAAUGAAACACAUGUGUACAGAGAAACGAGAACUAGAACCGAUCCAGAAAGGAGCCUGUCGGGCGCUGAAGAAGAUAGACUACACUUUUUCUAUAGGUGUUAAUUCCUUCGCGAAUCAUCACUGGAUCGGCACUCAUCGCAAGCGUCUUGCCCCCGGUUCGGACGAUGCAGUUGUUGCCAUACUUGUGCCCCGUGUCAAAAGGAAGUUUGAUUUUCAAGACUGAUGGGGUAAUUUUUGUGUCGUAAGUUAUAAAUAAGUGGUGGAUUGCCUGUGAUUAAAAAUUUAUUGUUAAGUUCAAAUAUUUGUUAAGAUUUUUUGUAUGAGUUUUGGCUAACUUUUAAAUCAUGGCUGUUGUUAAUGACAUGUUUUAUGCAAAGGAGCAGUGUACUUUUUGUUACAAGCUUUUUUCCAUUAUCACUGUAAGUGAUGUUGCUAAGACUAUAACUUUGUUAUUUUGCGUGAAGAAGGUUUUUGAGAGAAUUUCAUGUCAAGCAGCAUUCUUGUUUGAGUGUAUGUUUAUCGUUAUUUUGAAUAUAUUAAAAUAUAUAUAUUGUAUUUUAUAAAUCUUAAAUUAAGAUGCAACUACGUGUACAAGUAUCAGAUUAAACACUAACUUCAUUUUAAACUUGAUAAUAUAAUUCAGGUCACAGAUGGAGAAAUGACCACAUGUAUUAUUAUUAAAAUACUGAAAAUGCAUACGCAAAACCAAAAAGUAGAAAUGUAUGCUUUUCAUGCAGUGCAAAUGGCAAUUUUUUUAAUAAUAUUUCAUGAAACAUUGGUUGAGACAAACAUUCAAAUCGGGGUGCAUGAGACACUGAGACAGAUUUGUGGUUAAAGCUGUGGAAUAAUUAAGACUUGCAAGGUUUCAUGUGAGAAACAUUUAUAGCUCAUAAAUAUGUACACAUGACAUGUAUAAGUCGUGCAAAAGUCAGUCGUUUUGAAUUCUUGAUGUCUAGAUGUUCCAUUCUGGAUAGCUUUUAACACAGAGCAGUUGAAUAUAUGGAUACUGUUAAUAUUUUUAAAUUUAAACCAUAGUGUUCACAAAGAAUCAGCUUACAUGUAGAUGUCAGCUUGACAUGUACAUGUGUACAUAUAAAAUUUCAAUAUUGCAUGUCUGAAUGCAUGUUGCAAUCUAUGUGAAUCAGUGCAUAUAUGAGUGAGUAUGUGCAUACAUUGUAUAUGCAUGUAUUUAAAACACGGGACUACAUUAUAUGCAUUAUAUGAGAAGGUCUGCCAGCAACCUGCGGAUGGUCAUGGGUUUCCCCUAGGCUGGGCCCUGUUUCCUCCUACCAUAAUGCUGGCCGCAGUUGUAUAAGUGAAAUAUUCUUGAUUAUGGCGCCAAACACCAAUCAAAUAAAUAAAUAAAUACAUACUUUAUAGGACAUUUGUACAUGAUUGUAUACAUUUAUAUAAGCAUGCCCAGAGAACUACACUACAGUCCAAGCAUUAAAGAGCAUCCUGUCUAGGUGUCAUGCUGCAGCAUAAAACUCAACAUCAAACAUCAAAAUCACAUUAUUUUUGUAAGAUAAUCGGAUCUUCACUAUGUGUGAUAAAAAAAAAGGCUGUAAGGUGUGUAGGCCUAUGGAUCUAUGUUACCAUGUUGAUUUUUGUGCUGAUGUGAUGAAUUAAAGGCAUGAUUAUCUCCCUUAGCAGCAAACGACUAUCCACAUGUUCAAUUUCAGCAUGACAGCCACUGACAGUUAUUUCAUUGUUCAUACUUGGACAAACUAAAUGAAGAAAUGUGCCUGGUGCAAAAGUUUGAUGUUGCAAAACAUGUGUAUGAUGUGUCCUGAUAGUCCAAAUACAUGUAGAAUAAAUUGUAUAUAGUAUAAAAGUACACAUUGCCUUGUAAACAUCAUGACACGAAAAUUAUAUACAUGUGCCAGAAAUUUUUAUCCAUGAUUGAGCUGCUCAUUAUUCCUGAUUUAAAGAGUUCUAUUGACCUUAGGAAGAUAUUUUGAGGUUCGUUUGGAAGUAACAAGUCAGAUGAGGACCUUGUGGAAAAAUAAUUUUUUGAGUUCCAGAAAUGAUAUUUUUGUGAAAUUUACUUGCCCCUAAGAAUUCACUUUUGUGGGCGAAAUUUCAGGUCAUUUAUGUCUUAAGUCCAUUUUCCAUGCCACUAGACUUAAAUGUUUUCAUCAUUAAAACUAUCAGCAAGCUUCACCUUCACAUUUACCUCUGCAAAGGAGAUUGUGUUUCUUUCUGGUAUCUGUCUGUCUGACUGCUUACAGAGAAAGUUAUGCGCAGAUUUGGAUGAAAUUUUGUACCUUAAAAUCAGUACUUAAAUCGUGAUGCAAUAAUUAACACCUUUGCAGAUGCAACUUUUGAAGCAAAAUAUGAUGAAAAAUGUAGAGUAUUAUCCACGCGGGAGAGGGGGGAUUUAUACAUUUAGUGUUACACUUUUUCAAUAUAAAGCUCUACUACAUAUCCUUUUAAUUGGAUCUUUUAUUUUCCAAAAAAUGAUUGAUAGGGAAAUGCUGUAACGAUGAUGCAAUACUAUUUUUAUGUUUGUUUUUUUGCUUUGUAUUUUAAUAUACUAUUUUAUAUGCUUUCUUUUCCAACAAACCAAAAAUUUUUUUUGUUUAAUUAUCUUAGUAAAUAUGUAUGUUGUCUGUGUCUUAUACUCGCACAGAAAACACGGCCUAGAUGAGUGUUGUUUGUGUUGGUCUGCUGGUGACAUCGUAUUUCUGCAUGGCUGUCUGAGAAGUGUGAGAACAAGUGCAGGUAUAAAUGUAACAAAGCAAUCGCUCUCCAUGUACCAGCUUCUUUAGGAUUACAAGUUAAUUAUUAACUGUGAUUGCAACAGCCUUUUGCAGCAAAACAGAUUAAGCUGGUUUGAUUAUCCUAAAUGACAAUAAAUUUCGUCCAUAACUAAGUUUCCCAUUUUUCCUGAUUCUGAGAGUUCUGUUGAUUUUAGGAAGGUGUUUUGAGGUUUACUUGGAACAUGGGAUAAUAUUGUAAUGGAAAAUUUUACUUUUCAGCACCAAAAAUAAUAUUUUGUGAGAUUUAUUUGUUUCUAAAAAUGCAGUUUUGUGGGCGAAAUUUUAGGUCAUUUAGGGUAGAUUCCUUGAUCAUCCACCAUAUAUUUUGAUUCUUACCGACCAAUCUUACUUUGUAUGUCUUCUUAAUUUUAGAACAACAGUGAAGGCACUGGCAAUAAUAUCACAUAUCGAUAAUUACUGGUUUUGUUUGAUGAUAGCUUUUCCAACCAAGUCUCUUCUAUUGUGAUAAUUUUUGUAUUAUGCAUGUACAUCAUGCUGUCAACUGCAGGCUAUUUUUACUGCUGAUUUGGCCUCAUGUGAUGGUGUAAAAUUUUUACAUUCACAUGUCUGUGCUAAGCACCAUGAAAUGUUUUUUACCAUUUUGAAUGUGUUGAGUCUACUAGUUAUAUAUAGCUUGCACUAUUAGCCUGAUCUUUGUGGUGCCACAUGUGAAAAGGGAGGUAACCCAUCAGAUGUUAUAAAUAUUUAGAAUUUCGCUUUUCAGCAGAUAACGUUUGUUUGAAAAUGUUACACUGAACUGUCAGAUGUUGAUGAAAGAGAAAGAAGUAAAGGAAUAAUAAGUAUGAUUUUUCUGGUCCAUGCCAUGGCAACUUUCAUUCGGAAAAAUUUGCAAGAUUUUCAUUGACAAGUGAUUGUUCGAAAAGGGUUAAGACGUCCACAGUUAUGUAUAUUUCAGCCUUAACUGAACUUUUCCAAGUUAGAAAGGGUGUAAUGAAAUAAAACGAUAAGGGUAUGGUACAUUCUUACCCACUGGGCUUUCAAACACCAGUCUUGCCCUUAAAAUUCUGUUUAUGAAUGUGCAUAUGUAUUGUUUAUGCAGUGUUAACCGUAUUAGAGCGGCAAGUUUGAUUAAGUUUUGAUUUCAAUUCAGGCUUUUAAAUCUAUGCAUGCUGCUGUUAGUAUUAAGAUAAGACAGGUGUAAACUUUAAAUAUAGCUUACUUGAUUAUAUGGCAUUUGCUUGUGCGAUAGUGACUUCUGGCUUUUAGCCUGCAUGUGGGCCUGUAUUCUGCUUGUAAAUAUAUGUGAUGUGCAUAUCCAUACAUGUAAGGGGCUUCCGUGGCUCAGGUGGUUAGCGCGCUAGAGCAGCGUAAUUACCCAGGAGCCUCUCAUCAAUGUGGUCGCCAUGAGUACAAGUCCAGCCCAUGCUGGCUUACUCUCCGGCCGUACGUGGGAAGGUCUUCCAGCAACAUGCGGAUGUUCGUGGGUUUCCCUCAGGCUCGGCCUGGUUUCCUCCCACCAAAAUGCUGGCCGCCGUCAUAUAAGUGAAAUAUUCUUGAGUACGGCGUAAAA